GGAGAAAACCAUCUUCUUCGGAAAUAAUAGUCCGAAUUGAUCGGCUCUCGUUUAUUUUGUUGCCGCAAAAAAAACAAAACUUUCCCCUACAAAAAAGGAAGUAACGUUAUUUAUUUUUGACCAAUAGAUUUUUCUCCAAGCCCUUCAAAUAUAUUCUCUAAUCAAAACCCAAGACUUGGCUCUUCUUUUAUAAUAAAAAAAUAAAAAAAUAAAAAAAACGUUGAUAAUCGUCAAAAUGGGAGAAGUUGACGAGAAACAAUCUAUUGACGCAGCCUCUCCAAGGUUUCAUUCAUCAAACAAAGUCGCUGAUAUAAAUACAGAGCUCUCCAAGAUGAAAGCCUCUUCUCUCGAAAGCGACGUCGUUUCCUUAAAAGCCGCGCUCUCGGAGAAAGACGCCUUGUUGAAGAAUCUUCAAACCGAGGCCGAGAGAGCCAAAGAAACAGAGAAGAAGCUCCUCUCUUCGUUAGAAGACCAAUCACGAGAGCUAGAAGAAUCCAAAGCAGAGAUCGCUUCGCUAAAAGAGAGGAUCGACGGAUCUUUCCACAGCCAAGACUCGAGCGAAGACGACAGCUCCGUUCAAGACUCAGACAUCGAGUCUUUAAAGAUCGAGAUGGCGCAGGCUCACGACGCCGCGGAGGCUUCUUCUUUAAAAGUAUCAGACUUGCUCGAGGAGAUAAAGGCGGUUAAGAGCGAGCUUAAAGAAGCCAUCGAAGCUGAGAUGACGAGCAAGAAAGCGAUGGAUGAUCUUGCCUUGGCGUUGAAGGAAGUAGCUACCGACGCUAGCCAGGCUAAAGAGAAGCUCGCGGCUGUUGAAACAGAGCUAACGGCUGCGAGGCUUGAUUCCAAGGAGUGGAAGGAGAAGCACGAGGAGGUUAGGAAAGAAGCUGAGCUUCUCAAGAACACGAGCGAGAGGUUACGUAUCGAAGCGGAGGAGUCUCUAACGGCUUGGAACGGGAAGGAGUCUGUGUUUGUUAGCAUCAUCAAGAGAGGAGAGGAUGAGAAGAGUUCUCUUCUUGAUGAGAACAAUAGGUUGCUUGUAGCUCUCGUGGCGGCUGAGAAUCUCGGGAAGAAGGCUAAAGACGAGAAUCAGAAGGUUAGGGAUAUACUCAAGCAAGCGAUCAGCGAGGCUAACGUGGCGAAAGAAGCCGCGGGGAUCGCUAGGGCUGAGAAUUCGAAUUUGAAAGAUGCCUUGCUGGACAAGGAAGAGGAGUUGGGGGAUGCUAUGCUUGAGAUUGAGAGGGUUAAGGUGAAUGAAGCUGUUGCUAAUGAGAAUGUGAAGAAGCUGAAGAAGGUUUUGUCUGAAUUCGAGGUGGCUAUGGAGGAAGAGAGGCAUAGGAGCUUGAGCAGGCAAGACUCGUUGCAGAAGGAAGUUGAAGUUAGGGUUGAGGAGAAGGAAGAGGAGAAGAAAGAGAAGAAGAAAGAGAAGAAGGAGAAGAAGAGAGAGCAUAAUAGUAAACAAGAUCAUAUCGAUAAGAAGAUGAUUGGUAAGACGUGUAGCUUUAGUCUCAUGAAGCUGACCCACGCGCACAACCAUCACCACCACCACAAGCACAAGGAGUCUGUGGAGGAAGAGACGGCCAAAGGGCAGGGAGAUACUAGUCAUCAUACGGAUGAUAGUGGUGAAGGGAACUCUCCGAGUUCGGAUUCGUAUCUGUUCAAGGGCUCGAUCUUUGACGUGGCGGAGACGCCGCAUGCUGGAGGGGCGCAGACGCAUCACAAGAGGAGGUCGUCGUGCACGUUUUUGGAGGAGGUGGAGACGAUUAAUCCGGAGGAUUUGGAGAGUUUGGAGGAAGGGGAGUUGAAUGAUAAAGGGGCGGUGGCGGCGGCGAGGAAGAAGAAGGCGUUUAUUCGGAGGUUUGGGGAUCUUUUGGUUAGGAGGAAGAGUUUGAGUUUCUCGCAUAAGAAGGAGUCUUCUACUGAUUCGCAGGAUAAGCAGCAGCAGCCUCAGACGCCUACGUCGCCGUCUCUGCCUCAACCGCCGUUGUCCCCGGAGCCUUGAAAACCAUUUGUGUUUGAUAUGUUUUGAGUGUGUGUUUGUGUUACUUUGAGUUUGCAUGAAUCUUUUUUUUUUUUGUCUGUACAUAAACAAACCAUAACGAGUUCGUAUUCGUUUGUUGUAAUAAGGAUUUGAUCAUUUUAAUC